AUGUUGUGAAUCUCAUAUGCUUUUUCCAUUUUUAAUCAUCAGGAAUUUUGAUGGAAGAAUACUAGUUUCAAUCAUCUUAUACUUCUAGAUUUAUUCAGGACAUCGAUAAAUGUAUUACUGUAUAAAUUGUUUGCAUGAAAAAGUGUAGUAAAUUUCUUUACACUAAUUAUUACCCUCAUGAAAAAGUCCCACUUUGGGUUAGACUUCUGUCCAAGAAAGAAAUUCCCCACUGAAGAGGUUAAUGUAUUUAAUGGGGUUUAAUGGGGUAAAUUCCCUUCCAUUGAUGCUGGAAUAUGACAUGUUUUUGUAAAAUUGCUUUUAAUUUAAUUACUUCUCAUCUCUGUUUUGGCUUUUGAGACCUACAUGUCUCAAGGAUUGCAUUUCAUUGGAAGGCAAGCUUGUGGGUCAUUAAUAAAUUACGUGUACUUGUGACUGGAUUGGGGUUGAAAUUCCAGCUGGAAAGUAGAAUUUAAUUGCAGUAACCCUACUUUUGGCUUCAAGUCAUAGGAGAGUUUCACCUUGUGCUCUUAGUUAACAGAACUUGGAGAGGAUGACAAGUCUGCCCUCAGAGGGAGUUAUUGGAACUAAUCCCUUAUCCAGGAAACUUAGCAAGAUCCUGGAUACAAGAUUAGAAAAUGACAAGGAUAUGAUGAGUGCCCUGAAGGAAUUGUCCUCAUUCUUCCCUGAGAACAAUUUGAGAACCAGGAGGAACCUUCGUGGGGAGAUUGAAAGGAGAAGCCUUAAGAUCAAUGAGGAUUUCCUAUCAGCUUUUGAGGAGGUUAAGAUUGCUGUUGAUACCCUCUAUGAGGAGGUGUUAGAUACAAACAAGUUAUGCCAGUCCAUGAAUGAAAAGCUAAGUGAAACAAAAACCAACAUGAGCCAUCUCAUUGAGCAGACAUCACAGUUGCAAAAUGAAAGCAAAAAGCUUGAUAUCCAGCAAAAGAUUGUAACUGCCUUCUUGAAGAAAUUCCAGUUGUCACCAGAAGAGUUGGCUUGCCUGAGAGGAAGAAGCCAUUCUGGUGGAUCAGAAAGUGCCCAAAUCACAGCUGGGAUUUUCUCAGCUCUGGAUCAUGUCAAAGAAAUUCAUCAGAACAGCCAGAUGCUUUUUCGAACUGGGCAGGAGAGAGCAGCUCUGGAAAUAAUGGAACACAUGGCUCAUCUUCAGGAAACAGCACUAGAGCGUCUCUAUCGAUGGGCCCAGCAGCAGUGUCGCAGUAGAAAUGGGGUAAAUGUGAAUGGGGAAAUCAACCCUCUCCUCAUCAAGGCCAUGGCAUGUUUGCAAGAGCGACCAGUCCUCUUUGAGUAUGUCUUGGAAGAAUACUGCAUCUGCCAGAGGUCAGAUAUAGUGAGGAAUUUCAUUGACACAUUGACUUCUGGUGGUGGAGAAGGGAUAGGAAAUUUGCGACCCAUUGAAAUGCAUGCUCAUGACCCACCUCGCUAUGUAGGAGGAAUGUUGGCCUGGCUUCAUCAAGCUGUUCCAUCAGAAAAAGAAGCUCUUGAAAUCCUUCUGUCUCAAUGUCAGCAAAUUGACAAGGAGAAGGAAGUUUCGAAGUGGCUGUCGAAAAUCUGUGAAGGUGUUUGCCGUCCACUAAGCUCUCGUGUUGAGCAAGUCAUUUUAUCAGAACCUGGUCCAGUGACAUCCUGCAGUCUGGCAACAAUGUUGAAAUUUUAUCAAGACACCCUACUACAGAUAAUUGGAGAGAAUAAUGGGUUGUCUGCAACACUGAAGGAAUUGCAACAGCUGAGUCAUCGAACAUUCAUAUCAGCCUUGCAAAACCAUGCAGCCCGGCUUGCAGAUUCCAUCAGCAGUGAUGCAAACCACUUGCGGUCUGGGAAUCUCUCCCCUCCUCAAGCCUUAAAUACAGCAAUGCAACUCAUCAGAGAUGUCCUUCAGGCUGGCUCAAUGCUUGAUCAGAAACAGCGGGAACUCCCAAAAGUGUUGUCAUGUGUGAUUGACCCUAUUCUACAAGCUUUGAAUGAAAGUGCUGCUUGCCUCCCAGCUCUGGAAAUGGCAGUUUACUUAACUAAUUGCCUGUAUCAUCUUCAUUCAAUGCUUUCCCUCUACGAGUUCACCCAGUCCAAACUGGAAAUGAUCAAAGCUCAAAUGGAUGCACAUGUGGAUACAUUGAUCUCAGAGCAGGCAUCCAAUCUGGUGCAUAAGCUCUCCUUGUCCUCCAUAUACACAGCCCUUCAGAGACCAAGUGUGGGGAACCUCAGUCAACAGCCAAGCAUGGAUGUAGCUGCAAUACAAACGUUCCUGAACAAGUUGGAUGGAUUUCUUGCAAAUCCUGAUGCCUUACUCCUGCCUCAAAUUUCAUUGUUGCACAGCCUCAUGAUCAGGCAGACUGUUCGUCAGAGAUGUUCUCAUGUCAUUGCCACCAUAUACAGACAACUUUAUGAUGCUGUCCACAAUGCAGAAAAUGGUUACAACAACCCUUCUGCAAUCAUGAAUCGAACCCCUGAGCAAAUUGAGAGCAUAUUUUCAUCAUGGUUCCUGAUAUUGCUUUCCCCUCAACUUGACAUGGCUGCAGCUAGGAUUGAUCUCCUGGUCUAUCCUCCUUCCUUGAAGGGCAGAUGCACUCAAGCUUGCCAACCAGCUGCCAUGUUGGCAUUGGAAGAUAUCAACAAGCAAGAAGAUCUCCUGCCUGGUUAUGAAGUGAAGCUGACAUGGAAUGAUAGUCAAUGUGACCCUGGUCUUGGAGCAUCUGUGAUGUAUGACUUGCUGUACAACCCUCCAACAAAGCUCUUACUCCUCGGUGGAUGCAGUACAGUUUGCACUACAGUUGCAGAAGCAGCCAAAAUGUGGAAUCUCCUUGUGCUGUCCUAUGGUGCCAGUUCCCCAGCCUUGUCAGAUCGAACAAGAUUUCCAACCUUCUUCAGAACUCACCCCUCUGCCACUGUGCAUAAUCCAGUAAGACUAAAGCUGUUUAAGAAGUUCGGUUGGAAAAAGAUUGCCAUCAUCCAAGAGGCAGAGGAAGUCUUCGUUUCUACUGUGGAUGACUUGGAGGUCAAAUGUAGUGAAGCAGGGAUAGAGAUCUUGACCAGACAGUCAUUUGUGACUGAUCCCACUGAUGCUGUCUUGAAUCUGAAGAGGCAAGAUGCCAGGAUUAUAAUUGGCCUCUUCUAUGUUGUGGCAGCUCGCAGGGUUCUAUGUGAGAUCUAUAAGAAACGACUGUAUGGGAAGUCUCAUGUCUGGUUUCUCAUUGGUUGGUAUGAGGACAACUGGUAUACUCUGAAUUUGGAGGAAGAAGCCCUUGAAUGCACAGUGGAACAAAUGAGAUUGGCUGCUGAGGGGCAUCUCACCACAGAAGCUAUUAUGUGGUACAGGUACCCCAAUAAUACCAAGACCAAAUCUGGGAUGACAUCACAAGACUUUGCUCAGAGAUUGAAAGCACGACUCAGAGAUUAUGGUUAUAGGAUUGAUCCAGAAGGAUACCAAGAAGCUCCAUUGGCUUAUGAUGCUGUAUGGGCAGCUGUAUUAGCACUGAACAAGACCUUGCAUCAGCUUCACCUCAUGGGGAAGAGCAUAGAGGACUUCACAUACAACAAUGAAGAAAUUGCCAAAAUAAUGUAUUCUGCUAUGAAUUCUACUGAAUUCCUUGGUAUAUCAGGCAAGGUGGCUUUCAGUGCAAAGGGAGAUCGUAUAGCAUGGACUCAAGUGGAGCAGCUCAUCAAUGGCACAUAUGUUCUCCUUGGAGAGUAUGACACACCAAAUGACAACCUCAUAUGGUUUGAUAAGGAGAAAUGGAUUGGUGGGAAACCACCACCGGACCAGAUUAUUGUGAGGAAAGAACUGAAAACAGUUUCACUGGGUCUCCUCAUUACUGUUAGCAUCGUGUCACUGCUUGGGAUACUGGCUGCAAUCACUCUAAUGGUCUUCUUAUACAACUUUCGCACAAAGAGAUUGGUCCGCCAGAGUCAGCCUGUGUGCCACCUGCUGACACUUCUUGGUGUGUGUGCAUGCCUGUUGGGAAUCUGUCUCCUGGGUUUGGAUGGUCGACUUGUUCCUCCACAUCUUCUCUCGUUGGUCUGCAAAGCUAGAGCUUGGCUUCUUUCCAUUGGUUUCUCUCUUGCAUAUGGUGCAAUGUUUGCCAAGAUCUGGAGUGUCCAUCUUUUGGCUACAAAAGCCAAAGCACAAGGAACUAAGCCCCAAUCAGGUCCACAUCAUCCAUGGAUGAUGGUUGUGUUCUUCUUGGUGGUGGAUGGUGCCAUCCUUAUUGCAUGGGAGGUGGUUGAUCCUUUGGAGCGAAAGAUGGAAUCCUUCCCAGCUGUCAGCUCUCCACAGGAAGAUGUUGAAAUCAGACCUGAGCUGGAGCAUUGUCGAUCAGUUAAUAACGAAAUUUGGCUUGGUAUCAUGUAUGCAUACAAGGGUCUCUUGCUGAUAUUUGGAUUGUUCCUAUCGUAUGAGACCAGGAGUGUGAAACUGAAGAUGAUCAAUGACUCCAGAUACGUGGGCAUGGCCAUCUACAAUGUAGUUGUCCUUUGUGUUAUAACUGCUCCAGUUUCAGUUGUAAUUGCUUCACAGCCAGAUGCAAGCUUUGCAUUUGUGUCUUCUGCUGUCAUCUUCUGCUGCCUCCUCAGCAUGGGCCUCAUUUUCAUACCUAAGAUCUUGGAAGUGAUGCAGCAUCCCCAUGGUGGAAGAGAUGAGAGUCGACAGAGCAAUAGUUCAUUCCCUUCCUCAGAGGAUCAGCAGAAGCUAGACAUGAUAUGCAAGGAGAAUGAAGAACUUCAGAAGCUCAUUGCUGAAAAUGAGGAGAAAAUUCACCUUCUGCAACUGAAAAUCAAGGAGAAGCAAGCACGAGAGGAAGUGAACAGGGCAACAAUGGAAUCUGUCUUUGGCAAAGAUGGCCAUGUCAAGAAUGGUAGCAUGGCAACUGCUCCUAUGCCUGCACUAGCUUCUCCUCCCCAUUUUGCUCAGAAAGCUGAAGACCACGUCAAAAUAUCUCCCCGACAGCAAUUAUUUUUGAACCUUGGAGAUGGAAUCCAAGUAGAGCUGCUGAAGCCUACUCAUGAAGCCAAUGAGUCCUAUCUGUAAGGUUCUUUACAAUUCUCUGUACACAAAAAGAUCAUUGCAACUUCCUAGUCAGUACAACUAGUCACAAUUGUGUGUAUGAUUCACUUGUGGAAGUACUGUGAAUGUGUGUGGAGAUCCUGAUUGUAUUUGCACUGAAAAUAUGAAAUUGAAGAGUAAUACAAAACAUAUACUAGUCUGGUAUCAUAGUUGCAUGGCUGUCUUGUCUUUUUUUUUUAUAUGCAAACCUUCUAGUCAAACUAAAGAUCACUUCCCUCAUUUUUCAAGUUCUGGUUGACAGUGAAAUGGCAUAGAGCUUUUCUAUAUGAGCCAUAAAAACUUUAAUAUGUCCCCGCAUAGCUAGCAAGUUUUGUUCUUGUAUGCUGAAGGCUUGAAAAGUAGAGUUUUUGAAAGUGUUUAGUAACUUUAUGGACACCCUAUAUGUUGUAAGCACUAAGGGAAUCCAUUUUUUCUCUCCAGAAAUAAUUGAGACAUUAUUCUUAAAAUUUGUAAAUGUAUUGAUAUGUGGACCUUCUCUCCCUUUUAAUUUUUAUCCUUGGAUCCCAGGUUGCAAAGAGAAAAUGCACUUUAUGAAUUAAAAGAUAAAACAAGGGUGUCUAAGGGAUAAGUGUCUUUUGCCCAAAUAUUCCACUUCAACCCUUUAACUGGGUGAGACAUCUUUAGACGUAUGACCUCCCAUUGGCUACUGUGUAUUUGGUGAAAACUUCCCAGCUAGGGGGUUAAAGGAGGUUAUCUUUUCUGAGUGACAGACAUAUGCUACAUAGUUACAUACCAGGAGGGAAUAGGGCCAAAAAGAAAAUGUUUGCAUGAAGUCUGGGACAGACGCUAGUGUCUUACUUCCCUGGGACAGAAAAUUCAGUAACUUAUGCUUAUAGUCUUCUCCCUAUGCCAUUUAAGGGUCUCUAUUGUCUCAGAAUAAAGCCUAGAAGCAGAAAAAAAGCACACUACUGAUGCAUUAGAUAAGGUACAUUGUCUACUUGUGAUUUGAUGCUGUUGUCCAAUUACUGUUCCUCAGGAGGUGAAGCUUAUUUCCAGUUCAUGAUCUUUCCUGUAGCCUUUAUUUAUUGUCACCAUGUACUUGAUUUUAUGGAGAAACCAUUUCAUAUCUGUGAUUGUUUCCUUGUGGCAUUAUCACAUGUGAAGCAUGUCUGAAAAGUGUUCCUAAAUUUUUUUUAUUCCGUCAGAAAAAACUACCCCAGCACAAACUCUGCAGGGAUGUAAAGUCAUCAAAGGAUAUGGAUACAUGGAUUACUCACACUUUUGCCACCUGCCAAUCAUGGUAAAAGAAGUCAUACUGUUUGCAUAUCCAUAUGCUGACUGACUGCAGAAAAGCAAAUUCAGACAGUACUUUCUACUUUAUUCUAUUGAUACCCUUCACUGUCAACACUUGCUCCCACUAUGAAAAUGUUGGCCUUCAAUUGGUCAAGUCACCAUGUUUCCUUGUAACUGCAACACCACUUUGCUGAAACUAAACACAGCAUUAUUCCUGAUCACUGUUGAAUAUUUAUUUGCAAACUCUUUUCAGACUUGCCCCAUACUACUUGAGAGGCUUCUUCAAUUUGGUAGCCUAGGUGUUGUAAUCAUUCCAUGUUGUGCAAUCUCAUAUAAACUGUGAUUGAAAUAUUUUGAAUGAAAAAUAAGGUGAUAGUCUCUCUUGUUUGUUGUGCUAUGUUUAUGUUUAGAUGUUAUCGCACAGUGAUGUUUCAUUUUGGACCAAUUAACUAUUCCCUGGCCCCAACAAUUUGUUCUUCUAUAGACACAAGUGCAUUGAGUCCUCUAGUCCCACUGCUAUUAAACCAUUUUAGAACAAGAAAUAUUCAGUGGAAUUCUUUUGAAGUACUGUUGUCAUUUCAAUAAAGAUAUUGGAGC